AUGAAUGACACACCCUCUCUUAUGUGGGCGUACAUAUCUACCCUUGUGCUGUGGUACCCAGAGAAGCCUGUCGAGGUUGGAGACAACAUUGAAACCUUCAUCUGGCUCAUUGUCUACAUUGCUAUGCACCUUUACAAGCACAACCUGUCCAAGACACCUGCCAAGUUGACCAAUCUCACAAACAAGCUCUUCUACAAAGAAGAAAUCGGCGAGCAUGGAUGCUGGGUUGGUGGUAAGACAUAG